UCUCGUGAUCAAGAGAGAGCAACCACGAGCAUCACUUCACGGAUUUCCCUCCUUUUUCUUCUUCCUUUUCCCCUUCGUUGUCCAUUCCGUUGUCUUCUUCGUCACCGGCAUCAGCUCUAGCUACGAGAAAGAAAGAAAAUCUAAAGAAAAAAAAAAAAACAACCGCUUUGAAAUUCUCCGGUUCGUUCAUUGACGGCGACCGGUUCCGUUUUUUCUUCUCUCGAUUUGGUUCAUCACGAACGAUAGGACUCCCUUUUUGUCCUGUCUACGUUGAAACUCUCGUGUGUGAUUCUAUUUAUCUAAAAAAAAAAAACAACAAAAAUCUUUGUAUAACCAUUCCUCUCUCACACACAAAUUCAUUCACAAGUUGAAUUCAAUUUCUGAACGAAACGUGCGCUAGCCUUGGGUUUAAACACCUCCAUUUUUUCUUUUUUACAUUUUAAAUUUCUCUGUUUCAUCGUCGAGCUGUGUUAUAGCGAGUGUGCGUGUUAUCGGUGGACAAAAGCCGGGUGGGCGCAAUAGACUGAAGAAAUUAAAGGAAAAAGGCCCGAAAAAGAAAUUUCAACCGAAAAGAAAAAAAAAAACGAAGAUCCAAAAUAAAACAAACGUAAACAAGAUAGAUAUUCAAGUUCGACGACCUGCUAAUAGCUGAAACGGAGACACAUUGGACUGUCGGCUCCCCAUUAGGUCAUUAGGCCUAACAGUCUCGUGCGUCGAAAAAUAAAUUGCCAACGACUUUGAAUUGUCUCUGCCGCCUGUGUAUAAAAAAAACUAAACCGCACCCCUUUUUUCGUGUGUGUCUUUGUGGCUGUGUGUAGUUGAUCGUGUGUCGUGAGUCUUAUCUCCCCCCCCCAAAAAAAAAGACGAGCUAAGAAAGGACAGAAAAGAAAAAAAGAAGCUUAGCAGUUUAACACACGUUUCAUCGAGGAACGUUGACUCCGGAUGGUGGACCGGUUUGCCGCUGCCCAUCAACUUGAGCGUCGCCACAGAACACGAGAAGAAACGACGGCGAAGAAGUCAUGAACUUUUAACGACCGGCGACGACGAUACGAUGUUGAUGAUGAUGACGACGACGAUGCGGGCGACAACGGAUAAAGUGACGAGCCGAACGGCCGCCUACGUCGCGCUACUUCUCGUCUACGUCUCGCUGUCGGCCAUGCAUUCGGCCAACGCUUGGCGCAACGACCGCAGACCCAAAUUUUUUGGCGAUAAAGUGCCGGUGAAAAUGCUGAACCCAGUACACCAAAGUACGCAGAAGAAGAUCGUGAUGUAUCACAAUUUCUUCCGAUCACGGGUCCAUCCUCCAGCUGCUGACAUGUUGGCCAUGACUUGGCACGCUGAAGCCGCAAGAGAUGCACAACGCUGGGCGGACCAGUGCCAAUUCCUGAUCCACGACAAUGUCACCGGCCGAUGGGUUGACGACUUCGGAUCUUGUGGCCAGAACAUAUUCGUAUCGACUCAUCAAGUUCCAUGGAUGUUCGCCACUAAAACGUGGUUCCUGGAGAAACACAACUUUACGUACGGCUCGCCGCAGAACAAUCUGUUCGAGGUGGGCCACUACACUCAGAUGGUGUGGGCGGCAACGCACAAAGUCGGUUGCGGUUUCACCAAAUGUCCAUACAGACCUGACAAACGGUCGAGGACGACCAAAAGAUCUGGCGGAAGGUCGUCGAUCAAACAUCCGAAAUACUUUUACAACUAUGUUUGUAAUUAUUGCCCGAUAGGGAAUUAUAUGGAACGUCUGGGCCGUCCAUACAAGAAAGGCCCGUCCUGCGGCCGCUGCAAGGGAUCCUGCAAGUUGCGCAAACUUUGCACCAAUUCCUGCUCAUACGCCGACUUGUGGGUCAACUGUCGCGAGCUAAACACAACGUGGAACCAGUGGCUUUGUCACAACAAUUCCAAGGAAGGACUCGACCGAAAGAGACACUGUCGGGCAACGUGUGAAUGCACCGGCAAAAUCUACACGCAGCUCGGCCGCAUCAAAGUGUAGAGACGAAAACCAAGGAAAUCUGCCCAUUGAAUGGAAGAAUAAAAACUAAAAAAUCUAAAAAAAAAAAAAAAAAAAGGAAAUAAAUUAUACUAUAUAGCUAGAUAGAGGAAGAAAAGGGAGAACGAGUGCACCUUUUCUUCUCCAUCUCACUGCCCCGGAACGAUAUUUUCUAAUUUUUAAAGCCACCCUUUUGCAAGGCUCGAGAUUAGAAUGACGGGUAUGACUGUUAAGUGGUCAUAAUUUUAAUGUAGAACAAAUGAAGAACGAGGACUAAGAAUGACACGUACAGUAACUUGGCUGUGAACCGUCGCCUGCCAGUUGAACAUACUGUUUUUCUAGCCCUGAAAACGGCUACAAAUGCUAUCAGGAUUUGAGGACAAAUCGAUAUGGUACGCGAAGUGCAGACAGUCCGUUUGUGAUUUGACUAUACACACGUGUACCUUAUGUCUCCGCCAUGUUAUUUAUACAUAUUAUAUAUAUACGAUAUACGCUGUGGUUAUUAUCGCCUGUAAUUCCCACUCACGUAACGACAUAAUUGAAAACAUUCAUUAACCGUUCGCUUUUGACUCUGCAAUCCUUUCCGCUCUCCAAGAAAACUGCUCCAGACAAGCUCCUCUCACUAUAUCUGCUCCUGUUAUAGCCCAUAUGUCUUAAUCCAUAUCUUGUAUACAAUACGUUUCGCAAGUAUCUUCAUCAAUCUCUGUCAUCGUCGCCCCAUUUUAAGCCAGUGUAUCAGGCAUUUUGUGCGACAAAAAUACACUGGUCAAUUCGGUAGGAGCCUAUUGGCCCCUGGUACGCUACCUGUUUUGGCUGAA